AUGUCGUCCGGAUUAAAUUUUACUAAUUCGUCUUUAAUUUCGACGGGUUCCCGUAUCACUUGGGACAAAGCCCUUGUUGCGCUUCUUCUGUACGCAAUUACGCUCGUGACAAUUAUUGGAAACGUGUUUGUGUUGAUUGCCGUAAAAAUGAAUAAAAAGUUGCAGACGACUUUUAAUUAUUAUAUAGUAAAUUUGGCGAUUACUGACGUAGCUGUUGCCGUGACUGCGAUGAGUUUUAUGGCUACACAUACUGUCCUAGGGUACUGGCCAUUUGGAGAAGCUCUCUGUGCUCUUUGGAUUUUCUUUGACUAUGGUAUGACAUUCGUAUCAGUAUUCACAUUGAUUCUUAUAUCAGUGGACAGAUAUUGGAGCGUCAAGUGGAGUGUUCAUUAUAGAACGUAUCAUACAAAACGAAAAUGCAUCAUUUCUAUUGUUUUUGUGUGGUUGUUUAUGUUGAGUCUUUGGGUACCACCAUGGGUAUUAGAUAGGGUAAGGUACAGCGAGCCGGGAACCUGCUUUUGGGAUCCAUCAUUAAACAAGGAAUUCGUGUUUAUCGUUGCCAUACUUGGUCACCAUGGCCCGUAUUGCAUCAUGAUUUUCUGCUACGCUCACGUGUUCUUGUUCAUGCAUAAACGCAGAAAAAUUGUAGACACCACAAUAGCAAGAUCUCAGUCAUCUACACAAGUUCAAAAUACACAAAGUGUUAACCAGACCAGUAUUUCAAGGCCGGUACAAACACCGAGAAUAUUAAAAGUACAGCCUGUCAGAGCAUUUUCGCCACCACCAUCUACUAACAGAUCAACAGAAUUUUCGAAUAAUCACGUGACUGUCAGCUACCUUAGAGUGCCUGAAAACGGCAUGACAGUAUCAUCAGAAGCGGCUUCAGGGUCUGAGGACAAUCGGACUAUCCCGGGAGCUGACAAUCGGAUGGCUCGAGACCGUAAAGUGUUUGUAACAUUGACAUAUAUAAUGAUUGG